AUGGCGUUCGUAGCGGCCAUCGUUGGAUCCCAACCCCCCCACCCCCACCCCCCUGCCCCACCUAGCGUGCGCCCCUGUGACUGGACCCAGCCCACCACGCCAGGACCACAACGUAAACACCUAACCUUUCUCGCUUCAUGUUUUCCAGCUCAGCCCCAGCGGAGUCCCUCAGAGCCGGGCCAGAGAGACGCCUCCCGCAGCCACAACGGCCUCCGCUACAACGCGGUCAGCACCUCCACGCGAAGCCCCAGUGACCAGGACGCCCAGCCCGGCGCCGACGACGCCGACGACGCCAACGCCCCGGCCGAACACACCAUGGUCCCUCCCAUGUGCACUUGCGGCGCCAACCUCGCUCCGAACGGCGAGAACGGCGGCCAAACUCCCGGCGUGAGGCCAACGUCGGAGCAGCCGCGCAGACAGCCGUCCAUGCCCGUGUCCCAGAAGAUGACGCGCAAGCUGAGGUCCAGCUUGUCGGUGAACAGCGAUAGCAGCAGCUCGCAGAAACCGCCACUACCCGAGGACUGCUGCGUGCACUGCAUCCUGGCCUGCCUCUUCUGCGAGUUCCUGGCGCUGUGCAACAUGGUGGCCACGCAGGCGUCGUGCGGCGUGUGCACGCCCGAGGUCUGCUGCUGUUGCUGCGGCGACGAGGCGGGCGACGACUGCAACUGCCCGUGCGACAUGGACUGCGGCAUCAUGGACGCGUGCUGCGAGUCCUCGGACUGCCUGGAGAUCUGCAUGGAGUGCUGCGGCAUCUGCUUCCCCACAUAGGAAGCGCUGGGGGCCACGGUGGGGAGGAAGUGGACGAGGAGGAGGAGGAAGAGGAGGAGGGGUCGACUUCCUGUUGUCCUCUGACCCGACCCGUCUCACUUCCUGUCACGGUUUUUAGUUUGGGGGGAUUCCAACCUGAGGGUGGAUGAAUAGGGUGUGUGUGUGUGUGUGUGUGUGUGUGUGUGUGUGUGUGUGUGUGUGUGUGUGUGUGUGUGUGUGUGUGUGUGUGUGUGUGUGUGUGUGUGUGUGUGUGUGUGUGUGUGUGUGUGUGUGAAAACUGUUUGUGGUGCUAUGAGUGUAUCAAGUUAUGUGUGUGUGUUGAGUUCCUGUGUGUGUGAGUUUGUGUUGUUGGAGUCAUAGUUUGUGUGUGCAUGUGCGUGUGUGUGUGUGUCUAAUCCUGCCUGAUACCCUCUUCCCCACAGCAGUCUAAACAGGGGCCAAUAAAGAUUCAACUCUCAUUGACGCAAACCACAGGGUAUAAAAAAAUUCAAUGUUUUUUAUAUGUCCGUGUAUGUCACAUAACAUUGUGGAAGCUGUUCAUCUGUAGCUGUUGAUAUGCUUUUUGAAUCAUUAUCAUAGGUGAUAAUUUAGUAGAGUGUGAGGUCUUUACAGUUGUGUUCCAUUUCUGCAACGCCUUUACUCCUUCGAUUUCCAAUAACUCAACUACUGUAGCUUGUUAGAAUUGCGUACCUGAGUACAACUCUAUAGAACUGGAUCGGUGUGAAACAGGAAAAACCAAAAUAUCAAAAACUCUACGUGUUUCUUUUUAUUUACCUGGAACAUAUGCUUCAUAAGUUUCCACGUGUUAGAUUGUGCUUGUGGACCAUUAAUGUAGUUAUUUUUAUAUAUUUCAUAGGUUCUUGAAUUAGUAUUAGAAAUACCAAGUAUUAGAAAUACCAAAUGAUGUAUCAUACCAAAGACUCUUCAUCUCUAUCUAAAUCAUUUUAUUAUGUUUGAAUUGGAAUUGGAGUCUUGCCUUGACUGGAUUUACUGGUGUUAGAAUUGGGUAGUAUUGGAUUUACUGGAACUAUCGUAAAAAUACAUUCCAUCAUAUUUAACGGGUUUGACUAGUUCUCUAAAGAGUAUAAGACGUUUGGGGAUAAAAUGUAAUUGGCAAUUCCCUAUUUUUACCCUUUUAAAAUGACAGGGGUUUGUCAGUUACACAUUGCACAGUGUUACCCUUUGGUAUUUUUUUCACAAACAAUGCACAGUGGCUGUUGUUAAUACUUGACAUGUUUUAAACUGCACUCUGAAAAGAAAAUGGCCUCCCUGAGAAAUUAAAAAACAAAAAUCUCCCGGCACUGGGUUGUCCAUAAGAAGCCUUCAGGUUUCAACGCCUGUUGAUUAAAAAUACAAAUCACAGAACUGUCAGGACGGCAAAAAACAGUGUUAAGUUAAAUCAGGGUAAAAGUGACUUGUACAACUUUUAUUGUUUUUCUUACAUUUCAUUACGGGAAGAACCCUAUUCUGUGUGUAUUUUUUUGUAUGUUGUGAAUUGCCGUGAGGCUUCGUCACCGCCUGAUUUGGGGGGGGGGGGGGGGGGGGG